AUGGCAGCACCCGCACAGGCAGCGCAGCAGAAGUACAAGGCUCCGGUCUUUGCCGUUUUCCCCUUCAGUCCGCCAGACACAUUCUCCUAUCCGGUGCCGAGCCUCGAGGCCUGUGACCCGUCGAUUCAGCGGACGGUUCGGUACAUGGAAGAGGCGGCGAAGGAGCCCAUUGUCCGCGCAAAGAAGACAAAGCGGAAGACAAAGCGCGGGGCCUCCGUCAAGAAGAAGCCGGCAGGUGGAAAGUGA